CGUUAUGCCUCGAGGUCUCUGAGCACAGAGACUAGAUAACGAGACGUCUUCGCCUUGCCAUGGUCUGACCAGCACAUCACAUCACCACCUCUCCUGUUCACGACUCAGGGAGCAAGUACUCGACUGGCUAACACGCAUAUCGUUACACGCACUGAGCCUUGGUCAGGUCUUUGCAGCUAGCAACGAGCGCUUCCGCGCGCCUCUUCGCUCCACACCGAAUUUCUUGUCCGCAAGGAACAUGGUCGCCCAAUAUGUCGAUCCAAUCAAGUGUGUUCGAGAAUGGCGAAUGGGUCACCAGGGCCAUGACGACAGCCGAGCUCAUUAAACAGAACGGACAUUCGCGCCGUCCUGGAAUGGGAAGACAGCCUUUGGCCGAACCUCCGACGUGCGGGCUCCUCACAAGGACAGUCGUUGAUAGUCCAGUCACUCGAUGGAUCCUACCCGUGAGGCUCCGGUCCUCUCGGUUCAAUGAUGUUGCUUUCAUUGGAGAAAACUACGUCCAGAUUUUUGAGCUGGACGAACUUAAUUCACAGUUGCGCGACAUCAAGCGCAAACGCGACUUCUCGGCCAAGAUUCGCAAUGCCGCGAUCAUCGGGCCAGCAAGUCGCCAUCCAGAGGAUGAUGGAAUGAACAGCGAUGUCUUUCCGAAAGUGGAGAAUGAUGCCGACAUCGACAUGACUGAUCGCGCCGCCGGACAAAGUGUUCUUCCUCCUCAACUUUUAGUGCUUGUACUCGAGAAUGGGCAAGUCCUGUUCUUGUUCAUGACGAAAGGUUCCUCAGGCCAGUGGGUGUUCGAGACUUCGUAUUGGUCCUUGCCAGUAUCCCAUAAUGCGCCCAUUCCGCUGCAUCAUCUAACCGUGGACCCUCGUUCUCGUUAUCUAUGUUUCGGCCACACGACGACCUUGUUCGUCAUUUGCGAGCUCGAGACCAUGGAGACCCUUCGUCAGCGGUAUUCCUCUGGCUUGCCAUUGGAUCCGGUCAAGAAGAUGCAUCCACGUGCCAUCAGUGGUUCAAUUGGGAACAUCAGCUUCCUAUACCCGGCCUUAGACGCCGAGUCACAUGUCAUACUUCUCGUAAUCAUGAUCCAACGGAAUUCCACGAAGCUCGCUUACUACGAGUGGGAACACGGUCAUGAAGAACUCAGCGAGGUCUUUCACGUGGAGAAGCCUGGGCUUAAACUCCACGAGGAGUUCAGGCUACCUCUGAUGGUAAUCCCACUCACAGUCCGCAGUGCGUUUAUCAUUGUAACUGAGGGAGCUCUGGCCACAAUAUCUGGCCUUUUGGAGGGCUCUCUGAAGUACGACACGUUCGACCUGGACUCACAAGAUCCUACCGACUUUCACCAUGGGAGAAGUCACCCUCUUUGUGUUGCAUGGACUCGACCGGUACGCGAGGCACAGUUUCAUGAAAGCCAAGAUGUCAUCUACCUGGUCCGCGAAGAUGGCAUCAUAAACUUCCUGGAGGUUGGUGUUGAUCCAGGUAUAGAGACGAGCCUCGAGAUGGGUGAAGUCGACUGCAAUUUUGACACCGCAUUCGCCUGCAUGUACGACCGCUUCGGCGAUGUCCUCCUGGCAGGUGGCGAAUCUGGACCAGGCGCGAUGUGGAACAUUCAGCCAAAGGCGAAGCUGCAGCCUAUCAGGAAGUUUCCCAAUUGGGCACCCAUGGUCGACCUCACGGUCAUGCACGCUACCGUACCAGGCGAACGACACCAUAAAUCUCUCGGGCCAACCACUCGCCACUAUACAGGAAUCAGGGACGGCCUCACCCGCCCUGACAGGCUGUUUGGCUGCUCUGGGAAAGGGAGAUCAGGAGUCAUCACAGAGUUCCGACAUGGACUUGAAGCACAAAUUGGCCUGGAAAUGAAUUAUCCGGUGGUCAUACGGCAGUGUUGGAUAGUGUCAACGACGCACAUUCCAGUCGAGGAUUCGAUACUUCUGCUCUUGGCCCUUCCCGAUUCGACGUCGGUCUUACAGAUCCAAGCCUCUGCAGAUGGUGGCGCUUAUGAGAUGUCAGAGGCGGACGUGCCGUGGGACCUCACAGCGAGAACCCUUGCCUUCACAGAACAUAAAGGUUCCUCGAUCCAGGUGACCACGAAAUCAGUGACAGUGGCUUCGAGCGAUUUCAGGUAUCGAUCAAGCACUUCGGAUUUAUUCGGCGACGUACAUACCAGCAUUGCGCAUGCGUUCAUUCUCGAGAAUCAAAUCGUCCUUGCAGUCCGUUCUGGCUCGUUGCAGAAGGUGGUGGCCCUGCACACAGGUGACUCCGGUAUCGCCAUCAACGGCAGCUUCGAUGUCCUUGACGAGAUCACGUGCCUCUCAAUGACAAGACUGCGAGGCACUCUUGUCACUCUGGUAGCCACUUGGCACGGCAGAAGUGUCCAACUCGCGGUAUAUCCCGAGGCAGACUCUGGGACGGCGCCAGUCAUACUUCCGCUGCAAGCUCUGAUGACCGAUGUGCUUGCUGGAACGGAUUUAAACCUCUGCCCGUGCCCCAUCGAGCCGCUGACUUCCAUGGUUCCUGUUCCUGUCAGUUCUGAGAAUGGCUCGCUAUGCGUGACCGCGGGCACGCGGAGUGGUGAAGUGUUAACCAUUCACGUCCAAUCUGGUCAUCAUACAGUCACAGUCGAGAAACUCGGGGUAACGCCUGUCCAGGUCUCCUGCCUCUCAUUGGCAGACGAGCCCUCCAUGAUCAUGGCUACGAACGAUGAAGAGCCAGUCUGGAUGACCGGGUUCCAAUUAACGAAAUCUGGCGCAUGCUUCAAGCGAAAGCAUCGAGUCUGGCCAGCGGCAAUAGGGGAACCAAAUUUCCCAGCUAUGUCGAUCGGUGCUGUCGCACGCGUACCGCCGCAAUCCUCCAACAGCCGCGAGCUCAUGCAUUUGAUCAUGGUCUCCGGUUCUCAGAUCAUGUACAUUGAUUUACAUACCCGGCCUCGCCCGCUAAUGCGACAAUUUCCCACCAAUGGAACUCCUACGAAAGUGCGCUACGAUGCGAACUGUAACGCCCUGGUCACUGCGGUUGCCCGUGAGGGUCGAUCAAUCUUGUGUCUAUUCGACCCAGAAACAGGUGUCGAAAUAUCAGAACCACGCACCCUCGUGACAGCUCCAGAUGGCAAAAAGCAACCGCGCGUUUGCGAGCAGAUUGACGGCCUCAGCACACGUGCAGGUCAAGAUUCUGCUGUCAAGAUCAUGUGCCUGGACGCUUGGAGCAUCCGGCAUGAACAUCAUACUUGGCCGCAUCUGCUUUUGGGCUGUCGCACGGAACCUAAGGAACCAGGCGGCGACGCCAGAGGUCUGCUUCUGGUUGUCAAAGUGGAACAUGUGGUUAGCAAUGUGCCGGUUUCACCUCAACGAAGAGUGCCAAUCAUGCGGAAGUUCGCCAGCAAGUUUGCCGCACCGAUCACCGCCAUCACAAGCCAUGACCACGGGGUCUUUGUAGCUUUUGGCAGCACGGUGGAGUACAUGAAGAUAGACCCUGAAGUCAAGAAGCUGAAAACGGUCAAAAGCUUUGAUUUGCCAUCACCAGCACGAUCUUUGCACAUCAGAGCUGAUAAGCUUCACGUUGUAACCUCGGCGCAUUCACUGGUCGUCCUCGACUUUUCCAACGACUCACUUGGCCGGGAGCAUAUGGUGCUGCUACACUCUGACGAGAUGUCGCGGCGGUCGCUAGACGUCAUUGAUGUCGGCCUCUUUCUUGAACACGAUCGACGUCAGUCAAUUGCAAUGUUGUCUGACAUGAGCUGUGGCGUACACGGGCUGUGGUUGGCUUCACAGGAGGAAAGUCCACUGGUCCCUUUAUUCCAAGCUGAGACCCGAGCGUCCAUAUUGAAGUUUGGCCGUGCCAACACCCGAGCGCGAUGGCACACAUUUCAACGGCCCCUCAAGUUUGGAUGCCUGCAGAGUGGCAAAGACAACUCGGAAAUCGUGGGCAUCAGCAUUGAUGGAGCUCUGCACCACUUUACCCUCAUCAACGAGCACGCCUGGCGACUGCUGAGGUUCAUCCAGAACCUGGCCAUGGCCGCCCCUGCCACCGGCUCCUACCGCAGUCCUCCCAACGGCUUUGAUGUGCAUGGCCCAGAGCCCCAGUCUGACAAGAAAGUCAUGAUGCACGUGGAUGGAGACGUCUUGCAGCAGUGUCUCGACAGACGUGCCUUAGAGGUUCUCGUGAGCGACCAGAGACAUUCGACACGACUGCAACAGCUCCUGGAAAAGCUCGUGCCCACGGAUUCUCCAGAUCACCAUGCGACCGCCUCCGAGGCGAUCGUGGAUUUCGAUCUCGUCUAUGAAGUCCUGGAGUAUUAUCUCUGUCCGAUAUUGUAAAACCACCAGGCAGACCUGGCGUACUUGGAAUGGAUUCUCCAGGUUGCCUUUAUCAGGCUCAUCGGUGGAAGAAAAUAGAACAGGUCAUUCCAAUCUUUUAUAUAUAGAUAUAUCUCACUUCGUUGCACACUCAAACAGCACUGGGUCAGCCGUAU